AUGGGUAAGGGAAAGCCAAGAGGACUUAACUCCGCUAGAAAGCUCAGAACUAAGAGAAGAACCAAUAAAUGGGCCGACUCGUUAUAUAAGUCGAGAUUACUCGGUACCGCUUACAAAUCUUCUCCAUUCUCCGGUGCAUCUCACGCUAAGGGUAUCGUUUUGGAGAAGUUGGGUGUUGAAUCCAAACAGCCAAACUCUGCUAUCAGAAAGUGUGUCAGAGUGCAAUUGGUCAAGAAUGGUAAGAAGGUUACCGCAUUCGUUCCAAACGAUGGUUGUUUGAACUACGUUGAUGAGAACGAUGAAGUUUUGCUUGCCGGUUUCGGUAGAAGAGGCAGAGCUAAGGGUGAUCUUCCCGGUGUCAGAUUUAAGGUUGUUAAGGUUGCCGGUGUGUCUUUGAUUGCCUUAUACAAAGAGAAGAAGGAAAAGCCAAGAUCAUGA